AUGACAAAGCUACACUACCUCUUAUUAUGUACAACCUACCACGAUCCAGACGUUUGUGGAUUCAAUAGCUGGAAGCGUCAAUGGCAACUCCCUUGUGUAUCCAGGAUAAAUGAGAAAAAGAAGAGAGAGUAUAUCGACCUCAUCAUUCAUGGCGUCGCCAGCGAUUGGGUGAAGAGUUGCUUGAAGGACAAAGAAGGCAAGCUCUAUAACCCAGAAUGUCUCCAAGUCGAAGGACCACCGCUCGUGACGAACUCUGCGCCAGACGGUAACUACAUCCCACUCGUAAAGGUCGACGACCGCAUUGAAUUACUUUCGGCACAACCAAUCGAGGGCGGCUCAAAGAAGCAGAGGAAGCUCAGUAAACAGGGUCUAAAGUGAUUCAGCUGACCGUCUAUCAUUACUUUACGAUUGUAAGACUGUACGAACCGUUAAGUUUUGUAACGAAACGAAAUGAAUAAUCUUCCAUAAUGAAAU